UGCCUCUCAGUCCAGCCUCAGUGAGACAGAGAGCCAGCCCUCUGAGCAGCAGCGGAGACAGACGCGGUGACUGGACCUCAUUGACCCGCACAUUCACAGGAAUGGGAAACCAUAUUGUUUCUGACUGCCACCACAAGAAGAUGCCACUGGGUGAGGACGGACAUGCCUGGAAAAAGAAGACCUCUGAUGUCAAGGAGAAGUAUGAUUUCAAAGACAUUCUGGGAACGGGAGCAUUCUCUGAGGUGGUCUUGGCUGAGGAGAAGAAGACACAGAGAUUGGUGGCUAUUAAGUGUAUUCCCAAGAAAGCAUUAGAAGGCAAGGAAAACAGCAUUGAGAAUGAAAUCGCAGUUCUGCAUAAGAUAAAGCACCCAAACAUUGUGUCUCUGGAAGAGAUAUUUGAGAGUAAAUCACACCUCUACCUUGUCAUGCAACUGGUGUCUGGUGGAGAACUCUUUGAUCGUAUCAUAGAGAAGGGCUUCUACACAGAGAAAGAUGCUAGUAAGCUAAUUCAACAGAUUCUGGAUGCUGUAAAAUACCUCCACGACAUGGGCAUUGUGCAUCGUGACCUUAAGCCAGAGAACCUGCUGUACUACAGCAUGGAGGAAGACUCAAAAAUCAUGAUCAGUGACUUUGGGCUGUCUAAGAUCGAGGGCUCAGGCAGCGUGAUGUCAACAGCCUGUGGUACACCUGGAUAUGUUGCUCCUGAGGUUUUGGCACAGAAACCGUACAGCAAAGCUGUUGAUUGCUGGUCUAUUGGGGUCAUAUCAUACAUUCUGUUGUGUGGAUACCCACCUUUUUAUGAUGAGAAUGAUGCCAAGCUGUUUGAACAGAUCCUGAGAGCAGAAUACGAGUUUGAUUCUCCUUACUGGGAUGAUAUCUCUGAUUCAGCUAAAGACUUUAUAGUGCAUCUUAUGAAAAAAGAUUCUAAUGAACGCUUCACCUGUGAGCAGGCUCUGCAGCACCCUUGGAUUGCUGGAGAUACCGCCCUGGACAAGAACAUUCAUGAGUCUGUCAGUGCUCAGAUCAAGAAAAACUUUGCUAAGAGCAAAUGGAAGCAAGCAUUCAACGCCACCGCAGUGAUCCGUCACAUGAGGCGUCUCCAGCUUAGCACUGGCAGUGAGGGACCUGGCCCCACCUUGUCCGAUCCGUGCCAAGCCCAUCUGCUGAUGGAAGAGGAAGGAGCGCUUUCUGAAGGUGGUUGCUCCCAGAACAUGGAUGGAGGAGCCGACUCUUUGUCCAACUGCACCUACCGCUGUCACCCAGCCAACAGUGUGUGAUACCUAACCCACCUUCAUGUACCUGUUGAUCCCAAUUUACUUUCCAAUUUUAACUCCCCUCGGUGGAACCUGAGGCACCGUCUCCCCCUGCUUGUCUGGCUGGGAAUACAGCGCCACUCCAACCUCUUGCCUGCAGGGGGAGCAAGACUGUCAAGCCUGAAAGGGAAGAAAUAUAUCGUGUUGAAAAGGAGGUGGAGGGAGACUUGCUGUAAUGCUUAUGCACCAAGGCAGAUCAUUUUUGGGAUGAGUUGAAAUCCAUGAAAAGGACGAAGGGAAAGACAUCCUCCCCCUCCUUCAUGUCGGGGGGGAUUGUUUUUACAGAAGCAAGACAGAGCUUGCUGGACGUUUCAUUUUAAGAAAAUGUUUUCAACUUGUCAUUUUAUGUUUUAUUGUUUGACAUUUUUGUGUUAUUACCCUCCUUCUUUACGACUUUGGAGCGUUAAUCACAGUAUGGUACCUGCAUGACAACGAGACAAAGCCCCAUUGCAUGAUUUAUUUAAAAAAACCAACCAAAAAAAACAUGCUGUAUUGCAGAAAUGCAGUAUCACAUUAUACCAGUAAGAUGGAGUAUUUGGAAAUGUUUUAAUGGAAAAUGUUGUAAUAUAGCUAUGUCUUUAAAACAAUUUGUGGCAGAGCAGUUCCUCCAAUAAAAAUUAUACCAUGCAGUUUUAUGAUGUAGCCUUUCUUUCUCCACCAUAAAGUGGUUUGGAGUUGGGAGGAAAAGGCUUCCCUGUUUUCUUUUUAUUUCCAACAAAUCAAAGUUCAGCAACAAGAGAUGUUUUCCUAUCUAAGGUGCCUUUUUGAAUCCAGUUUCACUUGGUGGUAGCGUUGCUUAAAAAGUGGUUUCUUUUUGUACGAUUAUGGGAUUGUGUGUCUUAUGUAAACUUAAUUGUAAUUUUUCCUAGGUAGAGAUAGGAUGCCUGCACAAAAAAAAAGUUUUUUUUAACAUUAAAUAUUUGACAAAAUCCUGGCUCCAACAUUUUUAGUGUGAAAUAGUCUUUUUGUAUCCAAACUGUAAGAUGCUGAAGAGUUUAAAACUGAUAUUUGCAGUUUUUUUAAAAAAUCUGCAUCGCCAGUACUUCUCAACACCAUUCAGAUGAUUUUAUUAGGAAAAAAAAAAUGUGUGCAUUGUUUUCACUUGCACCUGAUGUCUGCAAACUCUGGCUCUGUAGCAGGAGCACUCAAUCAUCAGGCAUGUAGACCACUAUAAAUACAUAAAAAUGAGUCCCACCGUUUAAUAAACAGCACUAGUUCGAUCAAGUUUUACUAGAACACAUUAAAGAAAUCAUCAUUUUAUUGCCGAGCUGAAACUGUGUCUGUUCUGACAUGCAGCAAAGCUUCUUUCCAAAGUCCAAGAGACACAUAAUGGAUUUGAAUUACAGAGGGGCAAAAAAAUUUAAAAAUUGAGUUUUGCACACCUUUGUAAAUAACGACACCUUUAUGCAUCCAAGCAGGAAACAGAGCUGUGGUCUUCAUGAAAACGUGACAUUCAAAGCUUAUUUAGUGAAGUACUGGCUUUUUUUUAUUUCCUGUUCAUACUUUUUUAAAAUUAAUUUUCAUUAAAUGCAUGAUUCAUAAACUAACUUUUCAACCAGAAGGGUUUUAUAACCCCCCAACAAAAUUGAUACAACAAAAAAAGCAGGCAAACAUUUCAGUCAGUUUACAAACCGCUCACAUCUACUUUUCUUCAACAUGUGUUUCCCAGCCUUAAAAAAAAAAAAACUUUAAACACUGGAAUUAUGCAUCAGAUCAACGUGUUCCAUAUUAAUUCACAUCGUUUGUAUGUAUCUUUUUUUAUUUCAGUUUUCCCUUUUAUUUUUUGUAAAAUAAAUUUCAUUGCACAUUUUUUUUAAGAUAUCUGUUCCUGUUCAGCAUGUUUUUAGUGUUGUUUAGCCUCGGUAUUUUUGCAAACGCUUUAUGCAACUGUUUCUGAAUGAUCUGGUGGGAACCUGCUGCAAAAUCUCAACUGGCUCUGAUGGACAAUAUGAGAAUCUUCCUUUGGUGUGGGCUUUGUUUGUAGCCGCUACACAUUUAGGCUGUGCACGUCAGUAUUUUGCAAUUGCUCUUCAUGUUGGUUGGAUUUGCCUUGGGAAUUGUUGAUGUCUCAAAUGAUGCUUGUAAAAGGAGAGACUUUGUCAGACCUUGCUUUCUUUUACAUAAAUUCACACGGACCGUGAAAGAUAACAGGCCAGUAUAACAACAUUUCAAAAAGUCAAACCUUGUGCUGCUUUGGAAAAAUAUCUAUGAGCUUUAUAGUGCAGUUUUACUGGAUUGUCCUUGUAGUGUUUUCAGGCUGUAAUGAAACUGGUGACUCUGAACUGUGAAGUGCAUUUAUUGGAGACAUUAUUUUGGCAGAGAAAAAGUUCAGUAUGAAUAGUUUAGGUGUCCUGGAGUACUGUAACAUUAAAGCAGAAACAGCACAGGGGGGCUCAGAAUAAGCCUGUCUGCUUUCAGCUGAUUCAAUAUACAAUCUGAUGUACUGACAGUAAUUAAAACAACUUUACUAUUUUGAAUUAUUGUUAUAUAUCUUUUUUCUGCCCAUUUCCUACAUGGACAAGCGCGUUAAUGUCCUGCCAUUCAUGUUCACUGGUCUUUCUUUUGCUCAAAAGUGUCUGAAAGGGAUGUAACUCGGUUUCAUAUCAUAUUUGUACCCAAAGGAAACAAGAAGUCGUGGAUUGGUUUAAUGUAUAGACGCUGAUCAUUUUAAAAAGUAAAAUGUGUUGGUUAUGUCUGUUUUGUGUAAAUUCUUUGAAGAAGCCAUAAUUAUCUGAUUUGACUAAAGCAGAAAAGUUGUUCAUCCUUUGUGUUUUAUUACACUCGUAAUGUUUGAUAAGAAAUCUUACAAUGCUGAUAAGAAUUGUGAGAGCCGCUGUACAAAUUAGUCCUCGGGUCAUUAACAUGUUGCCUUUUAAAACAAUUUUUGGGUCUACACACUGUCAACCAUACACACUGAUACAAUUUAUGAAAAACAGGACUUGUUUAGUCUGAAAGUCAGCAACGGGGAACGUUUUCUGUCUGCUUUGAGCUGGUUUAAGCCAAAUUAAAUCCCCAUGUAUUUA